AGGGCUUUGAGUUUCGUGGUAUCACUUCCGCAGCUCGGUUGUCAGAGGUGCGUUCAGUGCUCUGCUGCGGUGUGGACAUCUCAGCUCUCUGUUUACUCUUUGCAUGUCCAAAAGUCAUGGAUGAACCAACCGAAGAACAAACAUACAUUUUUUUUCGUUCAGCAUGUCAACUUAGCUCCACAGUGACAAAGAAAUCGCCGUAGAUGUGGAAUAAUUCAAUAGAAGAGGAAUGGAAAUGUUGACAGGUUGAGCCUCACUUCGGACUGCCAUCAACACCUGGCAGAGUAGACCUCCGUACUGUCACCCUGCAAAGUCUCCUGUGGUCUGCCCAACUGAUCAAAAUGUCCUCACAACGGGGAGACAUUCCAGCACUUGAGUCUGGCACAUCUUCCGGACUCUUCGGUGCCUUUUCUUCUCCAAUUGGAAUGAACCGGCGCACUGUAAGCUAUGACGAGCUCAUGGAUGCCACCAUGCAUUCACCACCUUCAGACUUCAACGCUAACAUCUUUUGGAAAGAUCCUGUCAUCCCACAACACAGGUUCAGGAAUACUGCAGAGGAAAGUGGGAGUGGUGGGAAGUUGGUGACUUUUGAGGCAGCAGCACCACCAGUCAAUCCCCAAGUGCCUGUUGUGAAAGCCAAAGCCACCUCUUUGAUGAGCUCUCUUAUGAUAAAGCAGACCCAGGACAACCUCCAUAAGUUUGAGCACCAGGCAGGGCUCACUGAUGCUGGGUAUUGUCCCCACAAGGGGCUUUCUGCUGAGGAGACUCGCUUUCACCGACUUGGUGACGGCGCCUUGCCAAAGUUGAGAAUGCCAACCGGGGACUUCAAGGAGGACAGGUGUACAACAUCAGCACAAUCCACCCCCAGUGUCACCCCUUCUGUCACCCCCUCCGUCACCCCCAGCGUCACCCCCUGUGUCACCCCCUCUGUAACUCCCCACACAUCACCGGCUGUUAGUCGCAGGAACUGGUUCCAGCUGAGUCCUGCGCCUUUUCUUGCCACACCAGAACUCACUUGUUCCAACCCCAGCACAGACAUGGGAGGAAAUGAGGGAGGAGGAGGAGGAGGGGGAGGGGGAGGAGGAGGAGGAGGAGAGAGGUGGAGCUUCUUUGGAAGUCGACCUGUGGUACAGAAGUCCCCCACUGACCCAGGCUGUGAUACCAGCUCAGGCUUCUCAUUGCAGUCCUACUUCGGCAUGCAGAAGUCCUCUACCAUGGAUAGCACCAACCCCCAGGUCAACUUCAAGGUGGACGACCCUGCCAACUUCAUGCCCCCGAAGAUUGAAAUCUCAGGCGUUGAUGCCAAACGGGCCCCCACACGGCCUCACAAACUUAAACCUCGGGACAUGAAUGUUUUAACACCUUCGGGCUUCUGAAGCCAAACCAGCUAUGAAGUGACACCUCUGUAUGACAUCUUUCCUCCGUCUGGGAGCUCAUUUGCUUUCUUGCCUUUCUCUUUCCCCUCUGCCUCGCCCCCUGCAUUUCACUAUGGCUGAGAGUACUGCAGAUCACCCGUAGUAGUAGCUCGUCCGGCCCGAGACAUCACCGCACUGUACCUCAUUUAAACUGACCUACUCUCAUGGACUGCCAUCUUCUGUUAACCCUUACUAACCCCUUCCUAUCUCUUCAGGCUCAUUGGGCCACAUUCACGCCAUUAAAGCAACUUCAUUUGUCAUUCCCUAUGAUGGUAUUGCUUGUAGUAGUAUUAUUAUGGUUAUCCUGUUACGUAAUGGGUGCAUUGGCAUGCAUUGCUUUGCUGUCUUUGUUCCAUGUCAAUGAUGACAUGAGAUUGAAGUUGUUGAAUUAUUUUCUCAGUCCUUUGCUCACGCUAUUCAGUUUAGCUUUGCCUGUGGGAAAUUUAACCAGCUAUUUCCUUCAUAGUGCUCAUUUGCCUCAUGUUGUUUUCUCAUUUUAUUUUGAACAAGCUUACAGAUUUGUAGUUAUAGUGCUUUCUCUGUUAGCAUGCAGAGUAGUGUUGGAUGACUGAUAUUGUGCCUAAACUUGCAACAUGUUUGCUUCAUCUAAGUACACUUUUAUUAUAUGGAAGAACAUAUUAUUUUACCCCGUUGGAGAGAAUGACUGAUGAAGAAGUGAUUUUCUAAUGAUUAUUUCAGCGUAAGUAUGUUUAUAUAGUUCUUAUUCAAUUCAAUCAACAUUGUUCAUUCUAAAUAGUAGUGUGAUGGGUUCAUUACAUUUUUUACGUGCAUUACUAUAGUAUUUAACAUGUUGUAAAAAUACAAACUAUUGACGUCGUCAAUUUUGCAUUUUCUGCCACAAUUCAAGAAUCCCUGCUGUUCUAUUUGAAAACGUUGAUUCCAAAAAGUUAUUGCACAAGGGAAAUAGUCCCCUACUUAGAUCUGUAAAUAAAUCUGAUCCUAAUAAGCAAA